AUGACAGGCCUACUUUCACCUACCGCUCUCCACCCAGCUCUUGGCAGCCCCCGAGACCGAGCUGGAGACGACGACGGCUACAGCACCAUGACCCUGUCUCCUGCUUCUAUUCCUUUGCCUUUGCCUUCUCCUUCUCCUCUUAAGAAGACCACAUUUGCCGAUUCUUUGAACUUGACUUCAGACUUUGAACAACAAGCAACGGACCCUUUAAACCCUCAUCCUUCCCUGGAAGACUCCACUUCUUCCUCUGCUUCCACGUCCACUUUGUCAUCUGCCCAAGCUCAAGACCAACAAAAAGAUACGACUUUGUUGAGUUCAUCCUCUUUGGCCGCUUCCCCUUCAUCCCUCCCUCCUUCAACUUCAGAUCAGACUGCUUCGUGGGCUUCUUCUCAGUAUCAAGCUCACCGGUCUAAUUCUGGCCCAAGGGUUUCGACUUCGGUCAUCCGCCACCACAAACCCGACGCUCUAUCUCUCGCACUCCCGCCUUCUUCUUCCAAGAUGAUUUCCACAGAAACUUCAGAGUCGGGCUCUCAGUCACACUCACAGCCAGCUUCUGCUGCUGUUCCUGUUCCCGGUCUCUCCAGCGUCCUCAAUAAUUCCACCUCUGCUACCCCCUCGCAGAGUUUAACUGAUGCGCUUAAUGACCUUGCCAAGUCUCGCUUGCCUACCGCUGGCCUAACACCCACUACUGCUCGCACUUACACCUCAGCCACCAGCAACGACACAACUACUUCUGACGCAGCAGCUACCAUUCUUGCCUCAACUCUUCAGUCGCCAUGCUUCUACCACCAGCGCUUCGCUGAUGCUGUCGACAUCAACAAAGUCCUGGAGGAGAUUAAGAACGAUGUUUCCAUGUCCCAUUCGCGCCUCGUUGCGACUGCAACUGGUGUUCGCGAAGUCUCCAAACAACUUCAGCGUCGUCCCAUCAAGCGCGCUGUCCGCAACAUCAUGAUUGUCACAAAGGCACGCGACAAUCAAUUGGUCUACCUCACCCGCGAGCUUGCUGGCUGGCUCCUGCGAACCCCACGCUAUGGCUCCGACCUCGGCGUUAACGUAUACGUUGAUGCUAAACUCCGUAAUUCGCGACGCUUCGAUGCAUCUGGUCUGCUGGCCGAGAACCCUCGCUUCCAGCACAUGCUCAAGUACUGGACUCCCGAUCUGUGCUGGAGCCAGCCUGAAAAGUUUGAUCUCGUCUUGACUCUUGGUGGUGAUGGCACUGUUCUCUUCACAUCGUGGCUCUUCCAGCGAAUCGUCCCUCCUGUGCUCUCGUUCAGUCUCGGCAGCCUCGGCUUCAUGACGACAUUUGAAUUCGAGAAGUACAAGGAGCACCUCAACAGAGUCAUGGGUGAUGACGGUAUGAAGAUCAACCUUCGUAUGCGAUUCACCUGUACUGUUCAUCGCAAUAACCGCGGCGCUGGAGCUCUUGACGCGCCCAAGCUCGAGGAGCCUGAGCAAUUCGAGGUUCUGAAUGAGCUCGUCAUCGAUCGUGGCCCUUCUCCCUACGUUUCUAACCUUGAAUUGUAUGGAGACGACGAACUUCUCACUGUUGUGCAAGCUGAUGGUUGUAUUUUCUCUACCCCAACCGGUUCUACAGCAUACUCCUUGUCAGCUGGUGGUGCCCUUGUCCACCCUGAUAUCCCUGCCAUUCUUCUCACCCCCAUUUGCCCUCACACGCUCUCCUUUAGACCUAUGGUCCUCUCCGAUACCAUGGCCCUUCGCGUCGUUGUUCCGCGCAACUCACGAGCCACUGCCUACUGUGCUUUCGAUGGUAAGGGUCGUCUGGAGCUCCGACAAGGAGAUUGUGUCACCAUCACUGCCUCCCAGUACCCCUUCCCUACUGUCACCCGCACCGACACCGAAUGGUUCGACAGUGUCAGCCGUACUCUCCGCUGGAACGUCCGCGCUUCUGCCCAGAAGCCCUUUGACGCCGAAGUUGCUGAAGACGGCAAGGACGAUGACGAGAUCGGCUGGGAUAUCGACACUGAUAGCGCAUGUUACGCCAGUGAGGAUGGGAGCGUCAGUGCCAGUCCCAUCCGUCGACAAAUGAGCCUCCUGGGUCUAUGA